AUGGCUUCAAGAACGUCAAAGGAACAGCCAGCUGAAGAGGUGGCGCUGCCAACUCUCGAAGCGGUCGAUACGCGGAUGAGCGAGUUCGUACCUCCCGUCAUGUCAACGUGGCAGCGACGACUAAUCAUGAUCUCGCUGUGCCUGACCAUGUUCCUCUGCGCGCUCGAUGUGACCAUCAUCUCGACCGCUCUGCCCACGAUCGCACGCGAGAUUGGCGCCACAAGCCAGCAGUAUGCGUGGAUCAGCUCCGGCUUCACCCUCGCCAACACCGCCUCGACGCCUGUCUGGGCCAAAGCCUCGGACAUCUUUGGUCGUCGCCCGAUCGUCGUCACUGGCGCCGUCAUCUUCAUGGCGGGAAGUCUCGUCUGCGCGCUCGCUCGGGAUGGAGCUAUGCUCAUCGGCGGUCGUGUGGUGCAAGGUCUGGGCGCGGGCUGCUCGAUCGUCAUGAUCACCAUCAUUAUCGGCGAUCUGUUCGCGUUGAAGGACCGCGCAAAGUACUACGGCUUUACAGGCAUCGUCUGGGGCAUCUCGAGUGCCAUUGGACCGGUUCUGGGAGGUAUCUUUGUGCAGACGAUCGGGUGGAGGUGGUGCUUCUACAUCAAUCUUCCCUUCGACGGGCUCGCUAUUGUCGUGCUGCUCUUCGUGCUCAAAGUCGACGUCAAGCGAGAACCGAUCUUGCACGGCCUGCGCACGCUCGACUGGGCUGGAUUCGUCUUUAUCCUUUCGGGCACGAUCUUGUUCCUGUACGGACUCGAGUCGGGCGCGACGGCAGCCAAGCCUUGGUCUUCCCCCAUGGUGAUCUGCCUGAUGGUGUUCGGCCUCCUGCUCCUCGUCGCCUUCAUGGUGUGGGAAGCCCGCUUCGCCGCCAAACCCAUCAUCCCCGGCCGCAUCUUUUCCAAGUCGACCAACAUGGCCGCCUUCGUGCUCUCGUGCACCCACUCGUUCGUCUUUAUCUCGUACGACUUUUUCCUUCCUCUCUAUUCACAGGUGAUCUUGGGGUUGACGCCGCUGAUCUCGGGUGUGACGCUGUUUGCGCUCAUCGUGCCGCUCUCGUGCAUGCCCAUGGCGGGUGCCAUGGUGAUCCGCAAGACGGGCAACUAUACGUACAUCUGCUACGUGGGUGCGGCGCUCAUGACGCUCGGCAGCGGACUGUUCAUCAGCUUCAAGACGGAGAGGGAGUGGGCCAAGAUCAUCGCGUUCCAGGUGGUGACCGGUCUGGGUGCCGGGUUGCUCUUCCAGAGCCCGAUGAUCGCGCUGCAGAGCCACCUGCAUCAGAGGGACAUCGCGGCAGCCAUGUCGGCGUACAACUUUUUGCGCAAUCUGUGCACCUCGAUCUCGGUCGUCAUUGGCUCGGUGCUCAUCCAGCACUCUUUGCCAAAGGGAAGCAGCAUCACUUCGCUCCAUGCAACCAGCUCAGAGUCGGCCACCAAGCAGCAGUACAUGACGGGUCUGCGCAACAUGUGGACCUUCUACACUGCGCUGUGCGGUCUGAUGAUCGUCGCGUGCGCAUUCAUCAAGCAGAAGCGAACUGCGCCCAAGUCGGAGGAGGAGGCCAGCACAGCCAGCAAGGAGGAUGUCGACGACAAGGUGGUCGAGAAACAAGACACAAACUCGUAG